AUGGCCGCCUCUGCCGCCCCAGAGUUUCCCAAAACGCACCGCGGCCGAGCUACGCUGCGCAGGCGCAGCCGCUGCUGCCGCCGCUAUCGCCGCCAUAUUACUGUUCUGGUGGAGGAGCCGUGGAAGCUGCUGUCGUCGUUAUGGAGAGUGGUGAGUGUUUGAGCGGGGAGCGAGGAGGGAACCUAGGCCGGGCGGGGUCUCCCCUCGGCUGGAAAGGCCUCCGUUGGCCAGUCAGCGCAUUUAAACCCAAGCCAAGCAAAAAAAGGUCGCGCUGUUCACUUGCGGAACUCGCUGCUGCGAUGUGCGUGGGGUAGCCCACGGCAGGGAGACGGUCACGGCCAUUCAAAGACUGUUGGGCAUGAGGGGAAGUCUGGAAGCUCCUCUGAAUGUUAGUUAUUGCUGCAUGAGGGCAGGGCCUACCCGCAUCCCUCCCUCCCUGGCCUUUUGGACUUACCAGCUGGUCAUAAAAGCCUCGACACAACCCCUCCCACCCACACACUUUGGCCUGGUUCCCAGAGACCAUCCUGGGAGUGGAGCCUCCAGGUGCAGUUGGAGCCUAUCUCUGAGUGGCAGGGGCUAGGGAGAGCUCUGCUUGGGGGCUUCUGGGAGACACCUCCCUUGCCACCAGAUGCUAGAAUCUGCAGGAGGGGCGAGUGCUCUUGUGCUCAGGUCCUCCUUGUGGAUUUCUCACAGGCUUCUGGUUGGACAUUGUGAGAACGGGAUGUUGGAGUAGAUGGGCCAUUGAGCUGAUCCAGCAGGCUCUUCUGAUGUUCUAAGCAUUUGGCUCUUUUUCAAAUUUCAAAUUUCUAAUUCCACUCACCUUUCGUCUUCUUCUCUUUGCUGCAUCAGAUGAUACUGGCAAUCGCCUUCGCUUCCAGCUGGAGUUGGAGUUUGUGCAGUGCCUGGCAAACCCCAAUUACCUAAACUGUAAGUACAGUCAUACCUUGGGUUAAAUAUGCUUCAGGUUGAGCGUUUUCAGGUUACGCAGAAGUAACGGAACGCGCUACUUCCAGGUUUCGCCGCUCGCGUAUGCGCAGACGCUCAAAAUAACGUCACGCACAUGCGUGACGAAACGAGACCUACAGUCGCUUGUUACAUUCUACUCAGGAUGCGAACGGGGCUCUGGAUCGGAUCCCGUUCGCAUCUAGAGGUACCACUGUACUCAAAACAAAUCCUUGGUUAGUGCUAAAGGACAUAUGGGGGGCCCUUCAGAAGUCGUUAGAUUCUGCCUCCCACCAGCCCUUGCUGACAUGUUAAUGGAUAGGGAUUAUGGGAGUUGUAGUCCAGGAACAUGUGGAGCACCUCCCCUCACAACCGUAGGUUCCUUGUCCCUGUCCCAUUAAACAAAUGUUCACUAACGCAGAAUAUUUUAAAAUUAAUGAGAAGGGAAGUGGCUAACUUGGCUCCUUAACAACUUGGGACUGGUUUACCUACAAGAUUGCCUUACCUCACAUGUGCUCAGUUGACCCCUUCAAUUGGCAGAAUUGACACUAUUGCAGAUGCCACAUAAUGUCCACUCUGCAUUUGUGGGUUCAGCAUGAUGUGCAUGUGAGCAGUCAAAUACACAUUAAACACGCAUAAAUUGGGGGGGGGGGGGUUUCCUGUAAGUUUAAUCAGUUUCAGUAUUUUGACUUUUGUAUAUUUUCAAGUGAAAUUUUCUCGAUUUAACCUUUUCCCCCUUGAUUCCUUUUUUUAAAAAAACUGCUUUGAGGUAUUAUUUUUUACAAUAAAGCAGUAUAUAAAGUUUAUAAAAUACAUACAUACAUACAUAAAGUUCCAGUAACUCCUGCAGCCAAGCUGGUGCCAAACAUAUUGUUCUGCUUUCCUUUGGACCACAUCAGUGAGGCUGAGAGUGGGGUCUUGUCGUCUGGGCAGCAUGGAGCUGCCAUAUACCCCGCCUAGGCUUGCACACCAUGGAAGGUCACUUCAGUACUGCUAAUGCAGCAAUUAGACUUACCCUCAGAGAUUCAUUACAUUUGUCUCUCAGACAGACAGAUGCCAACAAGAUUUUUGUUUUAUUUAUUCGCAUGAUUUGGGCAAGACCCACUAAACAGAUUAUAUAAAACAUACAGGAAAACCCAAGUUAAAACAGUUAUGGCUAAGAUGGUUGAAAUUAGAAAGCACUAGAUGCAUCCUUGACCAGAUCCAGCAAAGGUGUUAUCAGUUUUCUGCAACAGCUUCAGUCUGUGUGACUUUAUGGCUAAAAUAUAGGCUAUGAUUUGGAGGAGUAUUUUGUGUAUAGUUAACCUUUAUUCUGGUUGUCCAUCCUCUUUCCCCACAUCUGUAGAAUGGGAAUAAUAGUGACUAACUUCAGAUUGCUGUGAGGAUAAACAGGGAAAAUCCACUUUUAAGUAAACUAAUUUGUGUGUUUCUUCUAGUUCUUGCCCAGAGAGGAUUCUUCAAGGACAAAGCAUUUGUUAACUACCUUAAAUACCUGCUCUACUGGAAAGAACCAGAGUAUGCCAAAUACCUAAAGUAAGAGUUACGAUUGUGUAUCUUGCUGUGUUAAACCAGCUUAGAGCUUAUUUGGCUAUCUGAAAAACCCCCACGAGUAGCCCUCUAAACUCUGCAAUGGUUUUGAAGGCUAGGGAUUGUGUGUCAGAGGCCUGAGAAGUCAUUGUCCCAAACUGCCACAGCCUUUCUGGGGCCUGUACUAUGUCAUUUUUUCCUGAGUUCAUAGAUCUGGUUUUUGAUUGUUACAAGUGGCGCACAAGACUCAAGGGUUUUCUGUCUACCCAUCACUUGAUCAAAGUACAAACGUGUGCACCCUCCCCUUUAAUGCAUGACAAAGUUGAAAAAAAUUGCUCAGUGUGCUGAGCUGGAAUUUAUACCAGUGCCCUGAGAGAGUCUCCAAGGCAGAUCAGUUUGCGUAACAUGUGAGGAAAAGGACUCUUGUCUAGCACCGAGGGCCUUCUGGCGGUUCCCUCACUGCGAGAAGCCAAUUUACAGGGAACCAGGCAGAGGGCCUUCUCGGUAGUGGCGCCCUCCCUGUGGAACGCCCUCCCACCAGAUGUUAAAGAUAACAACUUUUAGAAGACAUCUGAAGGCAGCCCUGUUUAGGGAAGCUUUUAAUGUUUGAUGUAUUACAGUAUUUUAAUAUCUUUUUGGAAGCCGCCCAGAGUGGCUGGGGAAGCCCAGCCAGAUGGGCGGGGUAUAAAUAAUAAAUUAUUAUUAUUAUUACAUUAAUUUUAUCAUGAGGAAGAUUAAAAAAAGAUGCUUAAAAAAUAAAAUUGGCUUAAAAAUCCAAUUACAUUACAUGUCCCUUAAUAUAACUUGGUCUAAAAUGGUAUCUGAAUAUAACAUAGAUAAACAUGUGAAAAGUCUACACUCAUAAUCUGUUAAAUGGGUUCAGUUUAGACAGUCUUCCCAAUAGCGGUUUCUAGAGGGCAAGUGCCAGACCAGGCUUUGCAUAUUUGGAGAUUCCGACAAACUUUGGGUAGCUGAAAAAUGUAAAUGGAAAGUAUAGCUGUUUGGGAGGGUGGUGGGGGCACUUUUGGUGUGUUUUUAAGCUCUCUGUCCUUGCUUCCCAAGCAAGAACUUAUCUAUGCACCAACUAUGCAUUUGUCUUGUAAGAUUUCAACCAACUGGACUUCCAACUGUGUAUUAUUGCAAUUGUGCAUAUUAAAUGCACAUAAGACAUGAUCAUACUGUAUUUGCAUGGCAGUCCGGACGUGUUUUAAAAGCCUCUGCUAAUGUGUGUAUGGCCCUUCUUUUGUCGCGAAGGUACCCCCAGUGCCUGCACAUGCUGGAGCUGCUGCAGUAUGAGCACUUCCGCAAAGAGCUGGUGAAUGCCCAGUGUGCCAAGUUCAUCGAUGAGCAGCAGAUCCUGCACUGGCAGCACUACUCUCGCAAGCGCAUGCGCCUCCAGCAGGCCCUGGCAGAGCAGCAGCAGCAGCAACAGCAGCAGAACAGCACCUCUGUGAAGUGA